UGCGCAUGGAGCCGGCCUCAAAGCAAGCGUCGUCGCCGCGGAGAUAGAGCGGCGGCCGGUCUGAGAGGUUGCGCAUGCGCACUGGAGUUUCCCGCGCCCCGCGGGGCAGUUAGGAGCGCGUGAGGCUCGAGGGCGCUUUGAGGAGCACUUGGGAAGAUGAUGAAGAAAACGUUUGCCCCUCCGGUGGCAAAACCCCAUGUCCUUUCUUUGAGGGAAGGCCCUGAGCAUCAUGGGAAGAAGGAGGAUGCGAGGGCAAAAGAGGCCAUUACCUACCUGCUGAGCCAAGGGUCGAGCGACUCGAUCAAAACAAAACUGAAAGAGGGCCAUCCAGACACUGAUGUGCAGCGGUGGAAGAAAUCUAGGGUAGCAAAGGAAGAGGAUACAGGCCACGUGAAAGAUCCAGCAACACCCCGAGAUGUAGAAAAGAGACCCAAAAGGAACUCAAGCAACGCGUCAGCUAAGGAGAUGUGUCACCUCACCGACUUGCAGUUCGAGGAAAUUGUCCAGAGUGUGCUGCAGAAGUCCUUGCAAGAGUGCAUGGAAGAGUCCAAGAGGACAUUUCACCAGGCAGAAGCUACCGCAGCGGCAGAACCACAAGGUUUAAAGAAGGAGACUUUUGAAACAUCCCUGCCUGCAGGGAAUUUGGUCCAGCACAGCGAUGAGCCAAAAGGAACAGCCUCUGCCGUGGACCUAAAAGAGCCUCUGCCCAAAGCAAAGAAACGCAAUAAGCUUUCUUUAAACAAGAUGAGAAAGAAAAUGCCAGAUGAGAGCACGGAAGCAAACAAAGAAAGGCAUAAACGUCACCGGAAAGGAGAGCCGAAGAAAAUAGUUCAGGGCUACACCCUGAUCGCUGACCAAGAGGAAACGGAGGAAGGAGGAGAAAGCACUUUCAAUCAGUGCGUGGCGUGGGUCCAAUGUUCUUAUCCCAGCUGUGAGAAAUGGCGGCGUCUUAGCAGCGAUACGGAUCCCUCCGUUCUUCCCGAAGACUGGACGUGCAGCCAAAACACAGACCUGCAGUACAAAAGCUGCGAUGUACCCGAGGAGAUGUGGUUGGGAUCUGAAAACGAGGUCGUCUAUGCUACCUACGUGCCUGGGUCAAUCAUAUGGGCCAAACAGUUUGGCUAUCCAUGGUGGCCUGCCAUGGUGGAGUGUGACCCUGACAUCGGGGAGUAUUUCCUCUUUUCAUCCCGGUUGGAUUCUCUUCCUUCCAAGUACCAUGUGACGUUUUUCGGCGAAUCUGUCAGCCGCGCCUGGAUCUCUGCACCCAUGCUGAGGAACUUCCAUGCGUUUUCCACAGAGAGCCUGGGUUUGAAGACGCUCAGGAGCAAAGAUUCCCGCCAGAAACUGGACUCUGCUGUGAGGAUGGCGAAGGAAGCCGAGCGGAUCAGCAUUCAGGAGAGAGUGAUGAGAUUUGGGUUCAUCAGUCGAUCCGGUGAGGGAGGAUUGCUAGAAGCUCACGAGGACUCGGAAGAGCUAUUCAACGUGGCUAGUGAGGAGAAGCAGCCCUGCGAUGGAAAUGAGAAUAUGGUUGCGACUUCAGAUUUCAAGGAGAAAACCUUUCUGAAAGGCCUUAAGAAGAAGUUCACCGUUCCGGGAAGCAACAGCUCAGGAUCCAGCCAGCCCAAACCGCCAGCAAGAGGCAACAGAGUUAACCUGACGCUGUCCUGUCAAGACAGCUUGAAGCUGGAGCUGGUGAAGAUGUUACAGGUGAAAGACAAUACCACCAGGAGCCACCCACGGUCAAGUAGCAGUGAUGAGAUCUUUGAGGAAUUCCAGGAAGUGGGGGAGCUGGAGAAGGCCAAGGAAGCACGUGGGAGCCAGGAAGCGGAGAAAAACGAAUCGUCUGAAGAGUGUUCCCUGGUCUUGUUUGAAGAAUAGCCAUUGAAAUAACAAACCUGCCACGGGGCACCAGAGCUACCUCCCUGAAGGUUGUGGAGAUUAGAGAAAAAUUAGAAAGCGCUCCAGAAAAGUGGCCGCUAGGAAAUUCAAUCUAGUUUAAACUUGAUUUAUGUUUGAUGAAGAUCUGAGACCAUUGGGACAGCAGACAUGGAUUUUAACAUCCAGCUCUGGCUGUAAAGGUUUCCCUCUCCUCCUUCUCAAAUAUUCAUCUGUAAAGAUGGGGGGAAAAAUCCACAAUAAGUGAUUUGACCUCCUUUCUUAAAACUUAGGGUGCUGGAUCUUGUUUAAUUCUUCCAGCCUCGUGUAGUGUGUCAUUUCCUUAGAUUCCAUUGGCAAUGAAUGAUUUUUAAAAACAAAACAAAACAGUUUUUGAUCACUCAAGGAAUUGGUUGAUGGGGGUUGGCUGACGGGGUCAGAUCCUCAGCUGGCGUACAGCGUCGUCAAUGGAAUUACACGGAUUUACAUCAGCUAUAGAUAGACCCCUGUGUAUACAUGGUUGCAUUUAUGUGUAAAAGUGGUACAUUAAGGCUGAGAUUUCCAAAGUUGCCUGAUGAAUAUGGAUGGUAAAAUCUACAGGAACUGGGUAUCCAGAUCUGAAAGCAUUUGGCAUCAUCAGAGUCCUUGAUCUAGAUUCCCAUGUUACUGUUCUAUAAUCUGUUAUGUUCUAACUCCAGUGAUACCUGGAUUUCCUAGUUGCUACUGUUGAGUUUAACUAGUUACUGGAUUUGUGGUUUUAUGUUUAUCUGUUACAAACUUGUAAAAAAGACUGGCUUGUAUUCAUCCACUAGGGUGAAAUUUGCCCUGUAGAGAGAACCAACCCAUAAAUUAGACAUAAAUAGACUUUAUCCACAGAGAUAAAUUACACUCAGAGAGUUUAGCCCAAGUUAAGGGUUGAAUAAAGGUGGCAGAACUAGGACUUAAGGAGUUUAUGGCUGUGACCACCAUCAGGUUAAACACUCGUUUACAUGUUAAUAAAAUCCUGCAGUCGGGCUGGGUUCUUGUUACCUGGAUGUAGAUAAGCUAAAGUGUGAUUAAAAAUCCAGUUCUUGGUUCAUUACA